AUGGAUUUCUUCGCUAUGGAGUUCCGCGCGUGCCCCAUCGUCACAGAAGACGAGUUUCAAGACAAUGCGAGCUACGCAGGGGACGAUACCGGGUCUUAUGAGUCCCAACCUGGGUCUUAUGAGUCUCAUUCUGGGUCGUACGGGUCCCAUUCGGGGUCUUACGAGGCCCAUUUUGGGUCUUACAAGUCCCCUUCUGGGUGUGACGAGGCCCAUUCCGGGUCUGAAGAAUACAGAAGGGAAGAUGACAUAUACCACGCGUUCCCCACGGCUGUACAGCACUCCGCUGUAACGACGGAUAACGCAUUGGACAACCCAGAAAACAGCGAUGGCCUGGCGGAGGGCCAGAAAUACGGAGAUCAUCAGCCGAACCAACCACCAGGCGUGAAUGGCAAAUGUAGAAACGGUGAAUCUGACUCUAGCGACGAGUACGAUACACCGGACGGAAGUCCACCAGAACACGACUUAGAGGAACAUCGGAACCGCUCGAAAAAGGCUUCAGAGGGACCGCCAGACAGCGAAAACAACAAGACAGCCACAAAAACAUCCCAAGACGGAGAAGAAACACCUCUAGGCGGUAUGAAAGAUAGAGGUAACACCGGGCUUGACAAAGAGACACAGACCGAUAUCGUCUGGCCUCCGGGUAGUCCAAUUCUCGGCUGCGGCAACCAUACUGGCGAAGGCAUCGAAAAAGACCAACCGAGCGCCUUUGACGAAAAACAAGACGCUCUUUCGGCAGCGAAUGGCGAGGACGUCGGCAUCAUUGAGGGGUCCAUCCGUGAAGAAGCUUUCCUAGACUGUGAGGAGAGCCCGCUGUACCACAUGAAGCACCUCAAGAAGGAGUACUCACUGGGCACCGACAGCGUCAAGUACGGCCACGAUGGGCAGUCAGAGAUAGCAGACGGAGCUAGCAGCGCUCCUAGCGACGGACUUAAACAACUGCAGCCCAUCGAAGAAGACGGGGACAACGUCAAGAUGGAAGAUGUCACAAAGGAAGGCAUCCCUACGAAGGAAGACAUGAUAGAAGAAGAGAAGUCGUCUGAACAGGCAGAAGAGGAAAAGAGCGCCACAGACGACGACCUGAAGCUUAAGAACAAGAAGGACGCCAACUCUACGGAAGACCAGAACUCAGAGGACAAGACCUCGAGCCGAAUCUCAAUUGAAGAGGACGAAGAGUCCUGUGGCAGCAGCAGUGAGUAG